ACGGCCGGGCUCCGGCCUCCCGGCAGCUCCGGCGGGCGGCGCCGCUCCGCCUCCAUUCGCCUCUCCUCCCUUCCUUUCCCCUCCCCGGGGCUGCCGCCGUUUCCCAGCGCCCUGCGCGGCCCGGCCCUCGGCUGGAAGCGCGGAGCCGCCCCGGGCCCGGGCGCUGCCCGCGAUGCCGCUGCUGGUCAACGGGGAGCGGAUCGACUUGGGCCGGCCCCCGGCGGCCAUGAUCCGCGCCUACCCACACCUCGAGGAAAAGGCAAAACUUCUCAGAAGUCGGCCUACUCAAAUUGUGGAACCCAAAGGUCUUCUUUACGUCCAGCAGAGAGAAUUUGCAGUGACUACCCCUAAGGAUGGUUCUGUUUCUAUUCUUGGAUCAGAUGAUGCAACUACCUGCCACUUAGUUGUGCUCCGACACACAGGUAGCGGAGCCACCUGCUUGACACACUGCGAUGGAUCAGACACAGAAGCUGAGGUGUCGCUCAUCAUGAGUUCAGUAAAAUCUUUCUCUAACUCUGCAGACUAUGGAAGGCUGGAAUUGCACCUAGUUGGAGGUUUCAAUGAUGAUAGGCAGUUAUCACAAAAACUUACUAAUCAGCUUCUUAGAGCAUUUGAUCUCCAACCAGAUGAGGUUCAUUUGGUGACUUUCUGCGUAACAGAACUAAAUGACAGAGAAGAGAAGGAUAUUCACUUCCCAAUCAUUUAUGGAAUAGCUGUGAAUGUUAAAACAGCAGAGAUUUUCCCCGCAACCUUCCCAGAAAAAGGGCCCGAUGAGGAUUUGCGUUCAGCCCAUAUUUUAACAGGAGCAAGACUGACCAACAUUUAUGAUGCCAAGAAGGAACAGCUCCACAUUGGGCCUUACUUCUGGAGGCCUUUUCCACACGUAGAUUUCUGGUUGGAACAAGAUGAUCAACAGAUCUUACAGAAUCUUUCCACGUCACCCUUGGCUGAGCCACCCCACUUUGUUUCCCAUAUUAGAUCUACAUUAACAUUUUUAAAAGAACAUCCCUUUCCAUCGCGCUCCCUGUUUCCUGAUAGGAAACCUCGCAUCUACAGAAAAAAUCAAGACGGGUUGUGGGAACAGGUUUGUUCUGACAAGAUCUAACCAAGGGAUGCGUAGCCUUGCCCCAGGAAGAGUGAGUUGGUGCAAAAUGCCUACUGCUGGUUACAGGCACUGCUGUUCUUGUGCUUUCCAAAAUAAAAUAUUUUGACAGAA